AGAUAAGAAAAUAAGAGUGAAGCGGUUAGGGCGUAAACGAAGAAACGAAGCCGGAGAAGAGGGCUCUUCUUUUCGUGGAGAAGAACAAUUAUAGGAGUAUUAUCUUAUCCUUAUUCUUACCAAAGAUGGAUCGGUACCAAAAAGUGGAGAAGCCAAGGGCAGGAACACCCAUUGAUGAGAAUGAGAUUCGGAUUACUAGUCAGGGUCGCAUGCGCAGCUAUAUCACCUAUGCUAUGACCUUGCUUCAGGAAAAAGGAUCAGAUGAGAUUGUGUUCAAGGCAAUGGGCAGGGCAAUCAACAAGACAGUGACCAUUGUGGAAUUGAUUAAGAGGAGGAUUGUUGGUCUUCACCAAAUAACGUCUAUUACAUCCACUGAUAUUACUGAUACAUGGGAACCCCUUGAAGAAGGCCUUCUACCUCUCGAAACCACCAGGCAUGUCUCAAUGAUCACAAUUACCCUCUCAAAAAAGGAGCUGGAUUUGACUUCUGUGGGGUACCAACCACCAUUGCCAGCAGACCAGGUGAAAGUGUUGACAGAUUUUGACUAUGAUGGAGGAUCACCUAGUGGUGGACGAAGAGGCCGCGGUGGUAGAGGAAGGGGAAGGUCUAGAGGUUUCUCAGGAAAUGGCUUUAUGUUGGCUGAAUACGAUGAUGGCGGGUUUGAUCGCAAUCGGAGCUAUGGUAGGGGUAGGGGUCGAGGCAGAGGUCGUAGCUUCCGUGGCCGUGGAAGGGGAGGGUACAAUGGUCCUCAGGAUGCCCAGCAAGACGCUGACUUCUACAAUCAAGAAGCACCCAUGCAGGGCCGAGGCCGCGGACGGGGAAGGGGAACUCGUGGUAGGGGACGCGGUUUCAGAACUAAUGGGCCGAUCCAUGGCGGUGGUGCUUAAAGAUCAAACUUUGAAGAAUACAGAGAUUAUGUGCUAUGAGUGCCUGCUCCAUGUUCUAUGUUUUUUUUCCCUUCAGUUGUUACCCGUGUUAACAGUAGGUUAUUGAUCUGUAAUCAGAGUAGACUAAUUAUAGAUUUCAUUACCGCCCGUAUGUGGUGAGUUUUUUUGUUUUUUUUCUUGAUAUCUUCUAGUAUUUUCUUUCUGGUAGAUUAGGUGCUUGAUCAAGUGUAAUUUCCUUAGUGAGCAGCACAUUCUUUAAUUUGUCUGUGUUAGACAUGUUCAGUGUUGACCUCAGUGCGUAAAUUUGCCUCUGUUUUUAGUUGGCAGAAUACUCAAAUUACAUAA